AUGAUAACUAGUUCCAAGAGAAAUUCGUAAAAGUCAAAGAGAGAAAUGGACAAAGCAACACUCUUAAGAAUUCCCCGAAUUCCAGGAAAAAAUAAAAUGGUGAGAAUAGCCAAUAGAUUCAAUCAAUAGGGAAAGAUGGUUUCCCUGUAUAUUUCUCACCAUAUCAUAAAUCAAUCUAUUUAUUAACUAUCCCCUGCACUUCAUCCUUUAUCAGAUCAGCAGCAUUAGCUUUAUCAAGCUAAACAUAUUUAGGCAAACAGAUUUACCCUAAAAGAUUCAGAAGCGAGACUUCUUCUAACUAAUUAAGUUGACACUGAAGUAAAUUGUUAAUCUAUCGGCAAGAUAACUUUGAAUAAAAGGAAGAGCAGUGCUUCACCUCAGCGAGUAUUUCAAACGUUAAAGCUGUUAGAGCGGGAGCACUCUGGGGAAUCAUAUCCAGCUAAAAUGUUUAAUGAAAUGAUUAGUUCAGUUGGUAAAUCUUAAAUGACAGCAGCCUUUUUCAACUCAAGCAUGAAUGCCGAUAAAUAAAUGAACAACUAAAUUCUCAUAUCAUCUGGGUCUUCAAAAAAUUAAGAAGUGAGGACAACUAUACCAGCAGGAGACAAUUCUAUGAAUGAAAUUCAAAACAACGAGAUAAAUUAAAGACGAAGAAGUAGCGGUAAAAGUAGCAAAAACUAGAAUAUGAUAGUUAUUGAUAAUGUUAGGGUAGUAGAGGAUGAACUUUCUAGAAUAAAUGAGAAAAAUGUUGAAAACUAAGACUUUUCAGACUAAUCAGAAAAGGAGAAUUUAUUUACAGAAAAUUUAAACACUGAGCAUAACUCAGUCACGCAUACUAUUAAUAACCCUAGUUUCUUUGUUUCAGAAGACUCAUCUAUGAGGGAAGAAGAAAUUUUUUCGAGUAACUAUUAGUAGCACCAUCCAUUAAAAUUCAAUAUAAAGUUUUAAGGAAAAAGAAAGGAUUAAACUUUUGCAGAGCAUUUCAGGUAUAUAUAGAGAGACACUUUCUCGAGUAAUGGAUCUCCAGAUAUCAUCAUCAGAGCUCCAGAAGAAGAUAAUUUCUCAGAAAUAGGAUAUAUACCAUCAACCUUCAAAAAUGCAGAUGAUAGUGAUAGGAAGAGAUUAUUAAAGCAAAAAUAGCGCAAGAAAGAUUAGCUAUGUGAAAUAUCUUUAAAGUAAAAGGACGAUUAGUCUCAGUAGCAUAUAAUUUAUCAUGGGAGUAAGCCUAUAAUUAUUGGAGGAACAUCUAAAAAUGUCAGGAAAAAGAUUGGUUCUAAAGAUAGAAAAGCUAGUUUUUUGUAAACAUAACUUGGAUCAAGUGACUCAAUUAAGACAGCUAAUGAAAAGUCAUUAAUCUCUAAAAAUGCUCUUCCUAAGCAUCGAGUAUAUUACAAAUUAGUAAACAAUGUACUUAUCCCAGUAAGGCCUAAACGUAAAAAGGAGUUUUCUCCAUAGAUAGAUGCAUAGCAGAAUAUGGCUAAAUAAGACGAACAGACUGCAAAUGUUUCAAUUGGGGUAAAAAGAAUUAAAACUAUUAUGGAGGUUAAUGAGGAGGAGGAGAAGAAUCAACAAAAUCAAGAUAGAGAAUAAAGUGUUAAAAAUGACAAUGAAAAACAGCAAGAUAUAAUAUCUCUCGACAAAUAUCUCCUAUCAGACAGACAUCAUUCAAUCUCAAAUUAAAGUAGAUAGUAGCAGAAUUCUUAACAGACGAAUAAUAGCACUAUGGAGAGAUACAAAACUGAUGAAGAAUAAAAAAUGUAGGAAUCAAGCAUUAGCAAGAAGGCAGCAAGUGCUUUCUAAAAGAUUAAGUCGCUAGAAUAAGAUAUUAUGACAAUAUCUAGAACGAAAAACAUGAUAUCUUAAAUAAGGAGGAAAAAUCAAGAGCUUCUUGAUACCUAGGAUAAAUAAAGAGGUGUUGGGAUAGGCUAUAGUAACACUGUAUUUACAAAGAUUAAUAAAAAUGAAAGGUAGAGUAGUUUCAUCAAAAAGUUAUAUCCUGGUUAACCUGAAACUCCAAUUGGAAGUCCAAAUAAUAUCAAUCAUUUAGAUAUUAGAAGAAAACAAUCAAGUGAAUCAAGGUAAUCACCGAAUUCUUAAAGAAAAAUCAGAAAACAUCAAAAUAAUACAACUUAUGAAGUGUCCUAGAGAAGAAACAAAGAAAAUCAUGACUUCUAAUUCUAGGAAUCAUUAGCAAAAAUUUCCAAUCACAUGGCCCAGUAAUAUUCUUUCAAGUCUUCUAAUAGAUCUGAAUAUGAAAGUAUAAGUGUGAGUAAGGGAUUUGCGUAUGAAUCCUUUUAUGACUCAUUUUCCUAUGAAGAUGAAUAUGAAGAAGAUGAUAGCCAAAAUUUUGAUUCGGAAGUCAGUAUGGAGACAUAUGAGAUAGAUAUGGAUAAGAGUGAUACAUCAACUUUCAUGGAUAAGCUACAAAGAGAUGGUACGAUUAACUCAUCAAGUUUAUCUCCAAUGAAUGGUAAUAAAGGAAGUUUAGAAAGUCAUCAAAGGAUUAAAUUAAUAAAGAGAAUUAGAAAGCAAUAGGAAUAAAGUUAGUCAAAUAUUCCUCAUGGAUCAUAUGCCUCAAAGCAUUCAUCAUAAUUAUCUUUUGAUACAAGACAUUAAGAAGCAAAUAAUGAUAAUAGAAAGGCAUCAGAUCUUAGUCUUGAGAAUAAUACUCUUGAUGACAAAGACAAAGAUAGGGCGAAAAAUAUAGGAAACUUUGCUAAGGUUUAUGAAUGCAAUAAUGAAAAUGAUAAUAAAACCUAUGCAAUGAAGAUUAUUAAAAAAAAGAAACUGAACAGAUAGUUUAAUUUCUCAAAAAAGAAAGCUUAAAACUUUCUAGAGACUGAAAUGGCUGAUCAUCCAAACGUCUUAGCUUUGUAUGAAAUUAUAAAUGAAGCUGAAAUGGACAAACUUUAUUUAAUUACAGAAUUGCUGCAAGGAAGUUUGGCUUAGAAAAUAAAUGGGAAGAAGCCAUUAACAGAGGAAGAGAUUAGAUUUUAUUUUAGAGAUUUGAUAAGUGCACUAGAAUACUGUCAUGAUUGUGCAUAAGUUAUUCAUAGGGAUAUUAAACCAGAAAAUAUUCUAAUAGAUGAGAAUAACAGAGUUAGAUUGGCUGAUUUUGGAGUUAGUCAUAUAAUGGAAAAUGGACACGAUACUAUCAAUAAUAGAGCUGGAUCUAAUUUUUAUUUUAGUCCAGAAAUUAUCUUAGGUAAUACUUACAAAGGAAAACCAGCAGAUAUUUGGGCAUGUGGGGUCACUCUUUACUAUAUGCUGACAAAAAAAUUUCCAUUUAUGUCAAAUAGAAUUUAAGAGUUGCAGACACAAAUUGUUAACGACACUCCUGACCUUGAUUUAAUUCAAAAUGUGUAAAUUAGAGAUCUUCUAGAAAAAAUAUUUAUAAAAGACCCAGCUAAGAGAAUAACUCUAACAGAAAUAACGAAGCAUAUGUGGUUGACUAAAGACGGCACGGAUAUGAUGCCAGAAAUGAAGAAACAAAAGAUUGUAAUCACAGACAAAGAUCUUAAGUCUGUAUUUACAAGAGUAGUAAAAAUGAGAAGAGUUCUCAAUAGAUUUAGAGGUAAAAGUACUGAAUUAGACUAAGUUGAAACAUAGAAUAGGCUCAAGAGUAAUAUGUAGUCUAUUUCUAAUACAAAUUUGCUUACCAUAUCAUAGAACAUUUACGAAACAGAAAUGUGA